UCCGCAGUCGACUUUGAGUCCUCUUCGGACAGCUACCAAGCACCAACCAACAAUUUCAGCAACCUAUUCCCUUCCAUCUCACUCCAAUCCACCUCUUUUUAAUUUUUCUCUCUCUAGAAUUGAUCCCCUUUCUCUCUGAAAAUCAAAACACGACCCAGAUUACAGAAUCUGAAAUUUUCUGAACCCAUUGAAAAACAAAACCUUUAUCUUUAGCACACUUAAAACUGCCUUCCUCUUCUCUCCUUAUCUAGAAUUUGGCCGCCUUCUUUCUCUGUUUAUGAAAGAGUAAAACGUGGGAUCACAAAAUCGUGAAAUCUCUGAACCCAUUGGAGAAGAAUCAAGGCGAGACACACACUCUCUCUACAUGGGUUCGGCUUCUCACUCUGUCUUACCUUCAGAUGACAAGCAUACGCCAAUCCCAGCGGAAGAAGAAGACCCACCAAACCCAAACACAGCUCUUCUCUCCUUCAACACAGACAUCACCUCAAACCGCUCUCCCAAGUCCACCAUAACCACCGUCCACUUCGUCUCUCUCCUUGUCACAACCUGCUUGUCUCUCUCUGCCGCCAUCGCCUUCGCCUUCCUAUUCUUCUCUUCUGCAACAUCUCAAUCUCACCCCAAACAAACCGCUGACCCAAUUGAACAAUUUGCUCGUCCUCGAACAAAACUCAACCACCCCGUUGUUCUCCUCAUUUCAACGGAUGGUUUUCGAUUUGGGUACCAAUUCAAGACCCAAACGCCAAACAUCGACCGCCUGAUCGAUAACGGGACCGAAGCCGAAAUGGGUUUGAUUCCGGUGUUCCCAACUCUAACAUUCCCAAAUCAUUACUCAAUUGUGACCGGCUUGUACCCUGCUUAUCAUGGAAUUAUCAACAACUAUUUUGUUGAUCCCUACACCGGUGACUUCUUCACUAUGGGGAGUCACAACCCCAAAUGGUGGUUAGGCGAGCCCUUGUGGGAGACUGUGGUCAAUCAUGGCUUGAAGGCUGCAACCUACUUUUGGCCUGGUUCUGAGGUAAACAAAGGUUCUUGGACUUGCCCUGUUCAAUUAUGUAAGCAUUAUAAUGGCUCUGUACCAUUUGAACAACGGGUUGAUACAAUUUUACAGUAUUUUGAUCUGCCAAGUAGUGAUGAAAUUCCUGUGUUUAUGACAUUGUAUUUUGAGGACCCAGAUCAUCAGGGUCAUCAAGUUGGACCUGAUGAUCCUGAAAUCACCGAAGCGGUUGCUAGAAUUGAUAGGAUGAUUGGGAGAUUGAUUGAAGGUUUAGAGAAAAGAGGGGUGUUUGAGGAUGUUAAUAUAAUUAUGGUGGGUGAUCAUGGGAUGGUUGGUACAUGUGAUAAAAAAUUGAUCUUUCUAGAUGAUUUGGCACCUUGGAUUGAAAUACCUGAGAAUUGGGUUCAGUCUUAUAGUCCAUUGCUUGCAAUUCGUCCACCGCCUGGUGUCUCUCCGUCGGAUGUUGUGGAGAAGAUGAAUGAUGGACUGGUUUCAGGGAAAGUUGAGAAUGGAAAGAAUCUGAAAGUGUAUCUCAAGGAGGAAGUACCUGGUAGGCUGCAUUACGUGGCGAGUGAUCGGAUUCCACCAAUAAUAGGGUUGAUUGAGGAGGCGUUCAAGGUGGAACAGAAGAGAUCGAAGCGAAAAGAAUGUGGAGGAUCACAUGGGUAUGACAAUGCAUAUUUCUCAAUGAGGUCCAUUUUUAUUGGCCAUGGUCCACAGUUUGCUAGAGGGAGGAAAGUCCCAUCUUUCGAAAAUGUUCAGAUAUACAAUUUGGUCACUUCGAUUCUUCAUAUACAAGGAGCUUCAAAUAAUGGGACAGCAUCAUUUCCGAAGUCCAUUCUUUUGCCUAGUCAUUGAAAUUCAUUUAGCAUUUUCAGGAUUGUGUGGGAUGUGAGAACAUGGUGUGAAGCCAUGUUCACUCUUCUGAAUCAUCCGAGCGACAGAGCGAGAAUAUGUCAUGAAGGGCUAGUGUAUUGGGGCCUGGCAGAGAGGUAACAAUAUUGGGAAUUUAGAGUCCAACUAGAUCAAUUUUUUGUUAUGCAUAUUUAGGUUAAUAACAGUAUCUCUUCUGCUUGGUAGAUUAUAAGCCACACCUAUGGAAUGAAACCUAGCAUUUGAACUGUAAUAAUGUAAAGUGAUCAUUAUUUUUAUUCACAUUCAUGAAUAUACAUACCACUUGGAUAUUUGGACAUUGUCUAAUGCUUGGGAUGUUUUAAAAUUUUCAUCUUUCCAUUAAUUCCAGAUUUUCAGAUA